AUGGUGACUAAGUACAAAGUGGGGCUAUUUAUAGCUCUACAAAUAUUGGCCGUUACUGGAGAAUUCCUUAACGAAGGUAUUGAAGUCGAACGUUUCUGCUAUCCGGAGCAACUCAAAAAUAACCGUAAAUCCUGUGAAUGCAACAGUGACAGCUCCCCGCCAUGGGGCCUGCGGGUGGUGAACAUAGACUGCAGUUUUAAGAAUUUGAAAAGCGAAGAUUUCUCUGAAAUGCUGCCUCUGUAUUCGGAUCGCCUCGACUUGACAUGGAAUGCCUUGGAACGAGUACCAGUCCUGUCCAGUGACACAUUGCGCUUCCUCAAUCUCAUGCACAACAAUAUUUCGACAGUCGUGGCCAAAAACUUUAUCAACAUGUUCAAUUUGCGUGAACUCUAUCUUAGCUGGAAUAGCAUACAAUCGAUCGAAGCCAAUGCUUUUGAUCAACUUGGUCAUUUACAGGUGUUGGAUUUGUCGCACAACAACAUCCACAAUAUUGGUUUCCAACUAUUUGCCCCCUUAAUGAUAUUGGAAUCGUUGUAUCUGUCAUGGAAUCGUCAACUGAACCAGACCGAGGGUAUACAAGAGUUGGAUUUCUAUCAAACAUUUGGGGUGAACAUCAAUUUGAAGACCCUUAAACUGGAAGCCUGCAGUCUAAGCAAUAUCACACUACGCAAGCAGGUGGUACUCAAAGAAUUGGAUUUGAGACGCAAUCGCUUUACCGAAAUCCCCCACAAUCUACCAUCCACAUUGGAGAAAAUCGAUUUAAGUGAAAAUCUUUUCCUCACUCUCUCGGAAAAUGAUACCAAGCGUAUACCGCAAAUACGUGAACUUUACAUGGAAGAUAUGCCUGCCUUACACACCCUGGAAGAGAAUGCCUUUGUACCUUUGCAGUCGUUGGAGAAGAUCAGCUUCCAAAACAGUCGCCAUCUAUCCCACAUUGAUGGGCAUACCUUUGGUGCCAAUGCCACGCGUUCGCCACGAUUGCAUACAAUGACAUUUCGUGGUACUGGCGUACAUACUUUUAACUCCACCCUCUCGCCAAUAUUUUUCCAAUUGUCCGUCCUGGAUUUACACGGUGUGCCGUUACGCUGUGACUGCAACUUAGUGUGGCUGAAGAAUGUUCGACUCGAGACAAAUGGUCGUUGUUUCAAGCCGUCACGUCUGCGAGGUAUCACCUUGACUUCAGCUGAUCCAUCUGAUUUUAGUUGUGAACGUUGGCCCCGUUGGGUCUAUGGCAUUAUAAUAUUGGGUCUGAUAGUUUUGUGUUCGGUGGGCAUCUAUCUAAUUGUAAUGGGUCUACGACCACAUGGUGGUGUUACAAUGCGUCGUAAAGUGGGUCCGGGUAGUCCCUAUUCGCGUGUAACUAUCGAACCAAAUCGCCAAGAACACUAUUGA